CGCGCUGAAUCUUUGUUGUGCCUGGGAGUAAAUGGACUACGAAUAGGGAUAGGUCCUUCUAUCUGGUUCAGUCGAUCGCUCCAUGCCCAUAUUCCCAUAAUAUUGUGUUGUUCCAUGAGUUACGCCAUUACAAGUAAAGCUGGAACCGCUCAAAUUUAAACGUCAAAACAACAGACAUUAAGGGCAUUAAAAAAUAGUGAUAAAAAACACAGUGGUUCAUAAGCCAUGUACAUUAAUAAGAAUACUGUAAUAACUGGUAAAAAUGUAAUCCUCAUACCGUACAAAAAACAUCAUGUCCUUAAAUAUCAUGAAUGGAUGAAAUCUGAAGAACUACAACAGUUAACUGCCUCAGAACCUCUCUCGCUAGAGGAAGAAUAUACAAUGCAAAGAUCCUGGCUCAUGGAUGAAAAUAAAUGCACAUUCAUAAUCCUGGAUAAAAGAAAAUAUGAAGAAACUAAAAAUGAGAUAGAUGCAAUGAUUGGUGAUACAAACCUAUUUUUUGCGAACCCGGAUGACAGAAUAUGUGCUGAAGCUGAAAUCAUGAUCGCAGAACCGUGGGCAAGGGGUCGCAAGUGUGGAUGGGAAGCAAUGCUGUUAAUGUUUAUGUAUGGCAUCAAAUAUUUGGCUGUUAAGGAAUACAUUGUAAAAAUAUCUUAUAUAAAUGAUAUUAGUAUUAGAAUGUUCAGAAAUAUGGGUUUUGAAGACAUUAGUAGGAGUGACGUUUUUCAAGAAGUCACCAUGAGUAAGAUUGUUGAUAAAUUGUGGAUUGAAUGGAUCAACAGUAGUACAGCAGGUUGUGAAAUAAAUACUAAAGUUGGCUAAGUAUGUGUUUUUAUGUUUAAAAGAAUGCAGUCCAUUGAACAUUUUUAAGAGUGAGAGGAAUAACUUAAGCAGACAGUCAUUAAGGAACAACUUCAUUCAAAUUGAAGACAAAUAUUUUUGUAUCAGAUCUUAAAUGAAGUGCAUUUUCAACAGAACUUAUUACUCACUCCUUUAUAGCCACUCACAUCCAGUACAAGGAAUUGAGUACAUUUUUUUGCUAAAUCUUUUUGACAUUGAUAGUUUGAAGCUCAGAUGGACUUUCCUUUACAAAUUAUUGAUUUUCCAUAUAUUUUAUUGCAUGUUAAAUUCAGUAUAACUCUAGAUAAUCAUAAGAAUAGUAUUUUAUUCUACUGCUGCUAGAUAAAAAAUCUUACUUAAAAUCACCAUUGUCAGUAAUGUGUUCACAUUAUAAUAUGCAUGUUUGCACCUUCAAUUGUAUGUGUUGGAAAAUAAAUGCUAUUUUCUUUAUAACCAAUUAAUGAAGUGAAGUUGGUGAUUCCAAUAACGUUUAGUGAAGGAAACUGAACAUUUCAGUAAGUAGCCACUCCUGGCACUUUUCUUUACCAAUAUUAACAAUUUAAUUUGAAAUUCUAAAAGCUAGAGUACAAAUUUUACAUAGGAGCAGAAAUGCUGGAAAGCUAUUAAAAAUGUUUUGAAAAAAUCAGAACCUUGUUUGGUUUUUAUACUGAUUGAAUUAUACAAUCUGACUACAUUCAUUGACAGAUUACCCCUGUGAUAAGUAAAAUUAUGAAC